ACGCAGACACACAGCCAUGGGACGCCGCGCGCGCUUCUCCCUCCACGUCGCCGCGCCGGCGGCGGUCCUCCUCCUGCACCUGAUGCUGGCCGCGGCGUCCGACCCUCCCUACACCUGCGGCGCCGGCGCGCCGCCCAACAUUCCGUUCUGCGACACGGGCCUGCCGAUCGACCGGCGCGUGGGCGACCUCGUCGCGCGGAUGACGGUGGCGGAGAAGAUCUCGCAGCUCGGGGACGAGUCCCCGGCCGUCCCCAGGCUCGGCGUGCCGGCGUACAAGUGGUGGUCCGAGGCGCUGCACGGCGUGUCGGACCACGGCCGCGGCGUCCACCUCAGCGGCCCGCUCCGCGCCGCCACCAGCUUCCCGCAGGUCAUCCUCACCGCCGCGUCCUUCAACCCGCACCUCUGGUACCGCAUCGGCCAGGUGAUCGGCGUGGAGGCGCGGGCGGUGUACAACAACGGUCAGGCGGAGGGCCUCACCUUCUGGGCGCCCAACAUCAACGUGUUCCGGGACCCGCGGUGGGGCAGGGGCCAGGAGACCCCCGGCGAGGACCCGACGAUGACCGGCAAGUACGCCGCCGUCUUCGUCCGCGGCGUGCAGGGCUACGGCAUCUCCGGCCCCGUCAACUCCACCGACCUCGAGGCCUCCGCCUGCUGCAAGCACUUCACCGCCUACGACCUCGAGAGCUGGAAGGGCGUCACCCGAUACGUCUUCGACGCCAAGGUGACGGCACAGGAUCUGGAGGACACGUACAACCCUCCGUUCAAGAGCUGCGUGGAGGACGGCCAGGCCAGCGGCAUCAUGUGCUCCUACAACCGCGUCAAUGGCGUGCCGACGUGCGCCGACUACAACCUCCUCUCCAAGACCGCCAGGCAGAGCUGGGGAUUCUACGGAUAUAUCACUUCAGACUGCGACGCUGUGUCAAUCAUCCAUGACGCGCAAGGGUACGCCAAGACGGCUGAAGACGCAGUUGCAGAUGUCCUCAAGGCUGGGAUGGACGUGAACUGCGGCAGCUACGUGCAGCAGCACGGCGCGUCUGCGCUGCAGCAGGGGAAGAUCACCGAGCAGGACAUCGACAGAGCCCUGCACAACCUGUUCGCCGUCAGGAUGCGGCUGGGGCUCUUCAACGGCGACCCCAGGCGCAACCGGUUCGGCGACAUCGGGCCGGACCAGGUCUGCACGCAGGAGCACCAGGACCUGGCCCUGGAAGCGGCGCGGGAGGGCAUCGUCCUACUCAAGAACGACGGCGGCGCGCUGCCCCUGUCCAAGCCCACGGUCGCCUCGCUCGGCGUCAUCGGGUUCAACGCGAACGACGCCACGCGGCUGCUGGGGAACUACUUCGGCCCGCCGUGCGUGACGGUGACGCCGCUCCAGGUGCUGCAGGGCUACGUGAAGGACACGAGGUUCGCCGCCGGCUGCAACUCCGCCGCCUGCAACGUGACGGCGAUCCCCGAGGCGGUGCAGGUGGCGAGCUCGGCGGACGCCGUCGUGCUGUUCAUGGGGCUGGACCAGAACCAGGAGAGGGAGGAGGUCGACCGGCUGGACCUGACGCUCCCGGGGCAGCAGCAGAGCCUCAUUGAGAGCGUCGCGAACGCCGCGAAGAAGCCGGUGAUCCUGGUGCUGCUGUGCGGCGGGCCGGUGGACGUGAGCUUCGCCAAGACCAACCCCAAGAUCGGCGCCAUCCUGUGGGCUGGAUACCCCGGCGAGGCCGGCGGCAUGGCCAUUGCGCAGGUCCUUUUCGGAGAGCACAACCCAGGUGGAAGGCUACCGGUGACGUGGUACCCUCAGGAUUUCACGAAGGUGCCCAUGACGGACAUGCGGAUGCGCGCCGACCCGGCGACGGGUUACCCCGGCCGGACGUACCGGUUCUACCGCGGCCCGACCGUGUUCGACUUCGGCUACGGCCUGAGCUACUCCAAGUACUCCCACCGCUUCGUCUCCAAUGGCACGAAGCCGCCGUCCAUGAGCAGCAUCGCCGGCCUGAAGGCGCUGGAGCCGACGACGACAGCGGCCGGCGCGGCGAUGUACGACGUGGAGGCGAUCGGGGCGGAGGCGUGCGAGCGGCUCAAGUUCCCGGCGGUGGUGCGGGUGCAGAACCACGGGCCCAUGGACGGGAAUCACCCGGUGCUGCUGUUCCUGCGUUGGUCCAACGCGACGGACGGUAGCGGCAGGCCGGCCCGGCAGCUGAUCGGGUUCCGGAGCCUGCACCUGCGGGCGAUGCAGGCGGCCCACGUGGAGUUCGAGGUGAGCCCGUGCAAGCACUUCAGCCGGGCCAGCGAGGACGGCCGGAAGGUGAUCGACCGGGGCUCGCACUUCGUGAUGGUCGGCGAGGAUGACGAGUUCGAGAUGAGCUUGGAGUGAUCGGCGGCUGGGCCCGUUGGAACUGCGACGUAUCCUCGCUGAGUUCCUGAAGAAUUGUACUCCGAUGCUCUCUAACUUAUUGCAAGCAGAAAAGGGUAAUUUUUACGGCAUUGCUGAUGCCGGAUUUCCAUUGAUAAAUCAGUCUGCCUGCCACACCUCA